CCAAAAAAAAGUUAAUCACAAUGGUAAAAACAUGGACUGAGAGAAAGCCCGUAUAGCCCAAAGUUUCCAAGCUUGUAUAAGGCCCAACCAAAUAACCUAACGAGUUUAAAGUUCAAACGUGAUGAAACGUUACCGUUUUAGCGUUUCUCAUGUUUCUUCCAUAUAAAUAGUUUUAGUUUUGUAGAAAACCCUAAUCGACGACGGCCAUUAUGAUAAAUGACGGCGGAGCUAAACCGGAGACGCUGCUUAGGGUUGCAGAAAUCGGUGGAAGAGGAAGGAGUUUGGUGGCGGCACAGUCUCUUCGUGCUGGACAAGUUAUCCUCAGAGAGUCUCCUCUCCUUCUCUACUCUGCUUUUCCAUUUCUCUCCUCCUCUGUUUCUCCUUACUGCGACCAUUGUUUCCGUUUGUUAGCUUCAUCGGCGCAUCAGAAAUGUCAAUCUUGCUCUCUCGUCUCCUUUUGUAGCCCUAAUUGCUUCGCCUCUCAUACUCCUUGGCUCUGCGAAUCUCUUCGCCGGCUUCACCAAUCAUCCUCCUCUGCAUUCUCCGAUCAACCUUCUGAUCGUCAAGUCCAAGCUCGUUUCCUCCUCUCUGCUUACAAUCUCGCCGCUGCUUCUCCUUCUGAUUUCCAGAUUUUGCUCUCUCUCCAAGGUAGUGGCAGCAGCAAUGGAGAUCCUUCUUGUUCUGCGGGUGAUUCUGCAGCUGCUGGGUUUCUUCAUUCUCUUUUAUCUUCCGUGUGUCCAUCUCUUCCGGUGUCUAUCUCGCCGGAUCUCACGGCGGCUUUACUGUCAAAGGAUAAAGUUAACGCCUUUGGUCUGAUGGAACCGUGCUCUGUUUCGAAUGAGAAAAGAUCUGUGCGAGCUUAUGGGAUUUAUCCAAAGACUUCGUUUUUCAAUCAUGAUUGUCUUCCUAAUGCUUGUAGAUUCGAUUAUGUUGACUCUGCUUCUGAUGGUAAUACUGAUAUCAUCAUUAGGAUGAUUCAUGAUGUUCCUGAAGGUAGAGAAGUUUGUUUAAGCUACUUCCCUGUGAACAUGAACUAUUCGAGUAGACAAAAGAGAUUGCUUGAGGAUUACGGUUUUAAGUGUGACUGUGAUCGGUGCAAAGUGGAAUUUAGUUGGUCUGAAGGUGAGGAAGAUGAGAAUGAGAUUAUGGAAGAGAUGGAGGAUCAAGAUGAACAAGAAGAGAUGGAAGAUUCAGUAGGUGAGAAUGAAGAAGAAGUUUGUGGAAAUGGUGUGGAUGAUGAAUCUAAUUUUCCUCAUGCUUACUUUUUUGUGAGAUAUAUGUGUGAGAAGGAGAAUUGUUUUGGCACUCUAGCUCCGCUUCCCCCGAAGACUCAUGAUGCUUCGAGAGUUCUUGAAUGUAAUGUUUGUGGAAGCGUUAAGGAGGAUGAAGUUGGCGUAAAUCAAUGAGGAAGGUUAGCUUAAAGAAUUGAUCAGCCGAAAAUCUCAAGCUUGUUUGAUGCAGCCAGACCCAAACAACAAGAGACUUGUCUUGGACCACAUCGUUAAUCAAUGUUGUUUGUUGUUUGAUGUUUACUUUUUUUUUUUUACUCAGUUUUGAAAAUUCGAUAAGUAUUCUAGCUCUAGAAUUCCAUAUCUAGGUUUUUUGUUUUCUCCUAGAUAGUCUGAAGAAUCAAUUGUAAUGGUCUGUGGAAUUACACGGAAACAGUUUUGUUGUAAUAAUGGAGCAUCAGUUUUCUUUGGUUGAAUGAAAAAUCAUAAUUUUUUUGACU